ACCCGCUCUGACGGGACCGAAGUUGCGGGGAUGCAGAGGUAUUGUCGCGCUAACUUUGACAGCCUGGGGAACCGUCUUCAAUUCACUUUCCACCAGUCGGCAGGGUGGUAUUUCUCCCACAUCGUGAUAUUCAAUUAAAUGCUUCAAGACUCACAGUAUGCAACACAACGUCCUUUUGAUCGAUAACAAUAUAAAUUGAUCGACGCAUUUCUUAACGAUCAAUUAUCGAGCAUCGAUUAAUUAUGCCCAUCCCUAGUUGGGAUAGAUUUAGUUGUAGACAGAUGUGUUAUAGCUUGUCAGAGUUAAACAUGAAUAUUGAUGUAAUGUAUUUGAUCCUGAUGAAUGUCCCUUCCCUUGUAGUCAUUUUCGUGUGAUCACCACAGUGUUGUGUAAUCAGUAAUGGACGUUACCAUUUCAGCUUCAUACAGUAUCUCCAGAACAACUGUACCAGCCACCGCGGGCCCUUCAGUGCUAUUGCUGAACUCAUAGACAACGCAUACAACACUGAUGCCAAACAGAUAUGGAUCGAUAAGACCCAGAUCAAAGACAUAGAAUGUCUAACAUUCAUGGACAACGGAAACGGACUCAACUAUGAGUUGAUGCAUGGGAUGCUCAGCGACAAAAAAGUUGUGAACGACAAACAUCCCACUGGAAUUGAUGGCAACGUUUUCAAGUCUGGCUCAAUGCAUCUGGGCAAGGAUGCCAUCGUUUUAUCCAAAUCAAAGAAUGACCUGUGCGUUGGCAUGCUGUCACAGACUUACCUGGAGAGGACUGGAGCCGAGGAGAUCAAUGUCCCCAUCAUAAGCAUUAAGAAACUGGAAGCAAAACACUUCAGUGUGAUGGAGGAGCACCUGGCCAGUCUGACGGACAUACUGGAACACUCACCCUUCAACACUGAGGAAGAGCUGCUCACUGAGCUCCGAGCUAUCGAGUCAUCCUGCUCCAGCACCGGGACCCGGAUCAUCAUCUGGAACCUCCGCAGGACAUCUUCAGGGAAGCCAGCGAUUGAUUUCAUCACGGACCGCUACGAUAUCCGUAUUCCCUGUGAUGACUUGGACUCUUCAGACCCUGAUAGUAAAUACUCGCUGCGUGCAUACUGCAGCGUCCUCUACAUGAAGCCUCGUAUGCAGAUCAACAUUCGAGGACAGAAGGUGAAGACUCAGCUCAUCUCUAAGAGCCUGGCCCACAUCGCAAAAAAAAUCUACACGCCUGCUUGUGUCAAAAAAAGAAUCCCCAUCACCUUUGGGUACAACACGAAGAGCAAGGAGCAUUAUGGCCUCAUGAUGUACCACAAGAACCGACUCAUCAAGGCCUAUCAUCGUGUCGGCUGUCAAAAAGACGCUAGCAACAAGCAAGGCAUCGGAGUCAUUGGUGUGAUUGAAUGUAAUUUUCUGGAACCGACUCACAACAAACAGGACUUUGACAACACCGAUAAGUACAGGAGAACCAUCAGAAAUGUUGCAACCAGGUUAGAAGAAUACGAUAAUGAAAUUCGGUGUAAGAGAAAGCACAGCAACCGCAGCAACCGCAGCAACAACGUACCCAUUGAGGAGGAAGAAAAACGCCCGGAUCAGAAGUGGGUCCAGUGUGAUAAGUGUCAGAAGUGGCGGAGGAUGCCGGAUGGAAUUAACCCGGAUAAACUUCCUGAAGAGUGGUUCUGCUACAUUAACCCCGACCCUCAGUUCAGGCGCUGUGUGAUGAUGGAAGAGCAAGAGGACCCUGAUUCAGAGCAGCCCGCAAACCCGGAGACCUAUAAGAUACAGGAGAAGGACAAAAAGAAACACGAAAAGAUAAAAGAAUUCAAAAAGACCUCCACCCUGAAAAAAACACGGACACCAAAAGAGGGCGCUUCUGCAUCUGGUGUGUCCACCAGCAGCAGUCAUCCAGCAGUGUUGGGACUGAAGAGGCUGCAGCCUACGACUCCACAAAACGAAUCCAAAAGACCGAAGCUGGAUGGUCCCAAGAGAAAGUUAGUCACAGAUAUGAGUCCGAGCAGCUCUACGACCCCACCAACCCCUGUCCCUCACAAGGACUUAAACAUUGACGACAACCUAUUGGAGGGCAGCAGUACUCCAGCACCGACAGAGCCCACCCUCCACCCGGUUGGAGUGAGGACAGAGAGUGACCCGAUGGAUUCCGCUUACGUGGCCUUCACCAGCCCAUGGAAUUCAUAUGUGGAUGAACCUACAGUAAACUACAUUAUCCCCCAGAUGAGGGAUGAGGAGGAGAUGAGGGACAAAAGCAUCCAGAUAUGGGAUGCGGAUGAGGAGGAUGAGGAGGAGAUCUGGGACGAAAUAAUCGAGAUAUCGGAUGAGGAGGAGGAGGAUGAGGAGAUGAGGGGCAAAAGCACCCAGAUGAGGGAUGAGGAGGAGGAGGAGAGGGAGGAGAUGAGGGACAAAAGCACCAAGAUGCAAGGACCACGAGUGAAGGAUGAGGAGGAGAUGAACAGCAGCACAGCGGCUAACGAUGGAGCUAAAGUGAUGGAGGAGGGAAUGAUUAGCAUCAUCCAGGCCCAGGAAGAGCAAGACCAGCUCAUGGAGCUCCUGCAGUCUGUGUUCAAUGAGAGGGACUCCUUCAAAGAGAAGGUCGGGGAGCUCCAUGCACAACUAGAGUUGAAGAAGCAGUGUGCAGAGAAGCUGAGCAGAGAAAAAGAAGACUUGACACGUAGAUUGGACCAAAGCAGGAACGAGUUGUGGAAACUGCACUUAAAGGUGAAGCAGUUGGAGGAGGAGAAAGCCACCACCGCCGGGGAGCCACGAGAUCAUGGAAGAGUCUGAAGAAGGAGGAGUCGAAGUUUGGGGAGACUCACCAAUUUCAGCAAAAACAAAUGGACGUAAAAAAACGUGAUCAUUCACUUGUUUUAUUACACUUCCUGGCUAUAUUUAGUAAAUGGUGAUAUUACGAUAACGGUUUGUUCUAGAUAUAACACAGCAUGAUAGAUUCAAUAUUUCACAUUUCAAUAGCAGUUCGAAAUUACUCAACCAAUUCCUUCAUGCCUCCUUUCCUGCGUUUUCGGUCUGUCUGACAUACAUCGGAACAGGUCCUCCGUAACAAUGGUGCUACUUCACAAGACGACAUUGACCCAUGUUGGUCUAUAAUUAUGGUUGCACAGGAAAUGAAAUGGGUUGCCAAGGAGAGCACCGAUUGUACGUUAUAUUGGACACAGGCGUGUUUGUUGCAUUCAAAGUGUAAAUAUUGUUAGUAACAGAGUGGGAACUUUAGUUUGAAAUUAUGCAUUUAAAGCCAAGCUUGAUUUGUGGGGACGACGAGUGGACAGGGGAGUAUUCGAUAUGUUUCCAACAUUAUUGGGGAUUUUGGGAGAGACUGAGGCAGGGGCCGGGCCCAUUCUCUCGCAGCUGGUGCGCGAUCACCUUGUUGCGCUUUCAAAUGAAAUCAAACGUUACUUCCCAUCCUCCAAAGAUCCAUGGCGAACGAAUGAGUGGAUCCGCAACCCAUUUGUCAAUGUCCCGAUUCACUUGUCAGUUCAGGAGGAAAAUCAAAUGAUCGAAAUAGCUAAUGAUGGUAGUCUUAAAAGUGUGUUUGAGCAAACCUCUCUGGCGGGUUUUUGGAUCAAAACCAAAGCGGAGUAUCCCGAGAUAUCCGUAAAAGCGCGGAAAACGUUGCUUCCGAUCCCACCACGUACCUAUGCGAGGCCGGGUUUUCGGCAAUGACAAAAUUGCGCAAUCGAUUGGACAUUUCAAACACGCCAAGGGUGUCACUGUCUUCCAUCACCCCCAGAUGGAACCUUCUUGUUGCAGGGAAACAGGCACAGGGCUCCCACUGAUUAAAAUUAAUUGUAGCCUAUUCUGUGGCCUCACAAACGUCCGUUAAGUUCCCUUACUGACAUUUUGUGCAUGUUUAUACUUGAUAGAUGUUACUUCAAGUUUAGUUCAAUAUAUUUAUGUUCAUAGUUGUUAAUUUUUCACUUGUUCAAGUUCACAUUCUUUUUUAAGAGUUUGUUACCUUCACUGUUCAUAAAUAACUGGAACUAGUUAUUUUAAAUGAAUGCAUGCACAACAGUAUAUGAAAAUAUCAACAAAUUGGCAACCUCUGGCGGGCCCGCCCCGCCGGUCUGUGAAAUUUCAAACCGGUCAAACCGGUCCUUGGUGCUGAAAAGGUUGGGGACCCCUGCCCUAAAUGUAAAUGAAUAAAGAUAAGUAACAUUG